AUGGGUGUCUUGCAUGAAGGAACAGGACCGCGCAUCAACACAGCUCGAGUUGAAAUUGUCUUCGAUAAUUCUGAUAGACGAAUUCCCGCUAUUGAAGCUACUGAAGUGCGAGUUGUUCGUCAGGUUGGGCAGAAAAAAGAUCAGUACUACAUUGAUGGGAAAAUGGUUCCUCGUGCCGAAGUUGUUAACUUGAUGGAGUCGGCAGGCUUCUCACGUUCUAAUCCAUACUACAUCGUCAAACAAGGAAAGAUUAAUGAAUUAGCCACUGCUCCAGAUUCUCACAGACUCAAACUUCUUCGUGAGGUUGCUGGUACACGUGUUUACGACGAAAGAAAGGAAGAGAGCUUGAAAAUCUUGAAGGAAACACAAAACAAAACGAAAAAGAUUGAAACUCUGUUAUCAUAUAUCGACGAACGUCUGAAGACUUUGGAAGAAGAAAAAGAGGAUCUCAAAGAGUACCAAAAGUGGGACAAAAUGAAGCGAUCUAUAGAGUACACAAUCUAUGAUACGGAGGCAAACGAAACACGAAAGAAAUUGGAGAGACUACUGGAUCAAAGAGAAGAGCUUAGCUCACGACAAACGAAAGUAGUGAGCAGUGAACUUGUCGAAGUUCAAGCACGCGGGGUUCGGGCUAGUGCGGAACAGAGGAAACUGGAAGCGCGUUUUAAGGGAAUGAAAGAGGAGAAGGAAGCGCUUGUAACAGAACAAGCCGAAAGAUUUGAGAAGAAGGCCGAACUAGCGCUGUUGAUCAACGAUCUGAAAGAAGACGUUGAAAAAGAAAAAAGUGGACGUAACAGAGCAGAGGAUGUUCUAAAUCAAGUGAAGGCAGAAAUUCGCGAAAAGGAAGAAGAACUGGAGCGAAUUGUUCCAAAAUAUCAGGAACUCGUUGAGCAAGAAUCUGCUCUUUCGUCGGAUAUACGUAUAGCAGAAACGAAAUCAAAGGAGUUGUUUGCAAAGCAGGGGCACAAGGAUCAAUUCAAGUCGGCAGAAGAGCGAGAUUCCUUCCUUCGUCGUGAAGUUCGCCAUAUAACUCGGCAAAUUGGAGACACAGAAGAGCAGAUAACUGACAUCGAAAAGAGUCUUGAAGAAGAGAAUCGUGAAGAAGAACAAUUAACAGCACAUGUGCAAGAACUAGGAGUUGAAUUGCAAGAAAAUCACAUUCGAAUGGACAAAGCUAGUGCUGAACACGGGCGAUUGAAACAAGAAUUUGAUAGAGCUAUGGUUGCUCAGCUAGAUGCAACGCGAGAGGAAAAAGCAGUGCGUGAGCAAUUGACUACAAUGAAUGCUGAGUUAGCUCAAAUGGAGCAACAGAUGCGUUACUUAGCGCCUAGGUCCAUAACAAAUGGCGUAGAAGGUGUGAGGCGAAUCGUCCAAUGGUUUCGUGACAAUAAUAGUGACGGUCGACAUGAUGACGUUGUUAAGGGAUAUCAUGGGCUUCUGUUGGAUCUAAUUGACUGCGAACCUAUAUAUUUUCAAGCUGUUGAAAUCACCGCCGGAUCUCGUUUGCUGUUCCAUGUAGUUUCUGAUGACAGAGUUGCACUGAAAAUUAUGAAGCAGUUCAAUCAGCAGAAUUUACCUGGUGAAUGCAACUUUUUCCCCGUGAACAGAAUAGUUGCACCUCCCCGAAAAGAAUAUCAGGAUGCAGUAAGUUGAAA